AGACCAUAUAAUUAGUCGCCGGGGCAGUCACCAUCUGAUGAGCAAGGAAUCACCAGUGCAUAUAAGAUACGGGCAUUAACGAGUAUUCUACAACGAUCAAAUGUCUCCCUCAUCCCCGACAGAAUUCGAUAUCAUCUUUGCUGGAGGUGGUGCUACAGCUUGUGUUGUUGCGGGCCGCCUAGCUGCAUGUGAUUCUUCACUAAAGAUAUUGAUUCUGGAAGCGGGUGAACACACCCUCGAUAAACCUGCUCAUGUUCAACCUUACCAGUAUCCGUUCCAUAUGGCCCCGACGAGCACGACACUCACAUUCAACUUCGGAAAUCCCUCUCCGCGUCUCAAUGGGCGGUCAUUGAUUGUUCCGUCUGGUCGUUCAGUCGGCGGAGGAUCGACUAUCAAUUUUGGGGCAUACACUCGUCCACCUGCCUCCGAUUAUGAUGAUUGGGCAGUCGAAGGUUGGGAAUCGAAGAAUCUAAUUCCUCUCAUGAAGAAGCUGGAGACAUACGAGGUGCAGCCUGGUUGUCCAACUCACGGGUAUACGGGACCUGUCAAGGUGUCCCCUGGCGGGCAUAAACUAGGUAUCUGCGAAGAGUUCAUCCGUGUUGGUACGACCUAUCACAAGAGGCCAUAUUCCGACGACACCAAUGAUUUAGAAACAUGCAAUACAUACAGCCGUUCCGACGCAGCCCACUGCUACAUCUACAACCAAGCUCAGAACCCGAACUUACAAAUUUGGGUUGGCAAACGCGUGACGCGCGUCAUCUUCGAGGACAAGCGUGCCGUAGGUAUCGAGUUUACCAAUGACCCUGUGUCUUGCCCAGAUGCAGACCGGUCAUUAAGUACCGUGAAGGCUUCAAAGCUUGUUGUUGUCUCUGCCGGAGCAUUUGGUUCCCCAGCCAUUCUCGAGAGGUCUGGUAUUGGUGCCGAGGCGGUACUCAAGCGAUGUGGCAUUAAACCAUUUGUCAGCCUGCCUGGUGUCGGAGAAAACUACACAGAUCACGAUGUCGUCUUGGUUCCGUACUUAGCUGCUGAUGAGGCAGUCACUAUGGAUCCCCUCUGGCGUGGGGAGGAGAGUGUUACAAAAAAUGCUCUCGCACAAUGGACCAGUAAUGGCAAAUCACUCAUCGCUUCGAAUGGUGUUGAUGCGAAAAUCAAGUGGCGUCCUGAUGGCGACGAGCUGAAAGCCAUGGGUUCGGCCUUUCAAACCGCGAUGGAACAAUGUGUUGCAAUAUUUUCCCUAAUUGCGGGAUACAUUGGACCCCUUGUCGGUACCCUUCCUCCCCGUAAUUACAUGAUGGCUGCCUACUUUACGCUUUACCCUGCAUCUACUGGAAGCGUGCAUAUCAAAGUGGACGAAAACGGUAAGGAAGCACUCGAUUUCACGCCAGGGUUUUUGGACGAGUCAUUGUAUAACUAUUAUUAUUCAUUCAGCGAACUCGCUGAAGCUCAUCCUAAAUUUCCAGAGGGAAGCGCUGCGGCCUGUGGAGAAGCGUCUGGGCCAGUCGAUCUAAAUACACCUGACAUCAUCUACACUGCUGAAGAUGACGAAGCCAUUGAAAAAUAUCACCGUGACUGUGUGCAAACGACUUGGCAUUCGCUUGGUACCUGCGCCAUGAAACCACAGGCGGAACAAGGAGUUGUUGACGCUCGGCUAAACGUGUACGGCGUCACAAACCUUAAGGUUGCCGACAUGUCUAUUAACACGUAUUCCACGGCGCUCCUCAUUGGAGAGAAGGCUGCGAUGAUCAUUGCUGAAGACUUGGGUAUUGAUUUUAACGUCUAGCUCUAAACAUUGUCGGCGGAAAA